GGAAAAUCUAUGCUGUUGAGAAACCACGAUAUCGCAUGACGAAUGGCGACUCUGAACAAAAGCUAAAACACACUGUCGAUCAUAUCUAUGACUUCAGGCAUGGAAUCUCGAUAGAAUCAUACAAACAAAUCACCAUCCUGGGACAGACCAGUCGGAAACGCACUUAUCCCAACAUGAUCAUGCACCGCUGUCUCAAUGGCGGUCAUACAAUUUGUGAAGGUGGCCAAGUGAAGCUCGCCCCAUACUAUGUACUUAAAGCAGAAUCCUUUCCGAAAGAUCGUCUGAAUCAAGGGAAGAACAACACCACUAUAUGGAAGGACGAGAAGGGAGAGGUCGUUGCCAUUGAGAUGAAACUCCAGCGUGAUGAGAAUGGCGUCUUACAAGGGCUUCCAAGGCUUGUCAUCAAGGCUAGGAUUGAAGAGAAGCUGUAUGAUCUGCUGGUCACUUCUUGGUGUGCACAUGUCUGGUAGGAUGCCUGGAAAGAUUUGAAAGAGCCGAUGAGUUGGGAUAAAUUCAAACGAAUUGCGUCGACCAUGCCAAAUAAAACAGCAAGUAUAUACGGCGGUGCUGGAACUGCUGGUGCUUCAUUAGGCUUCCAAUCUAUCCUAAAUGCCUUUAUCAGAGACGUGAUAAUGUGACAGCGAGAUUACAAAAUACGAAAGAUUAUUCGAUGAG